GCGGCCGAGUCGGAGUCGAAGUGGGGGUGGGGUGGGCUAGGAGAGUGCUGGGGGCCUGGGCCCCCGGGGCUUCGAGUGAAGACGGAACCCUCCGGGCGGCCUUCGGAACGGGAGCGGGAGCUCAGGAGAGCUCGCUGGGCGCGAGCUCAGCCGGCUGCCGGGCCCCGCGGCCAGGGGCGAGCGUUUCUCCAGCAUCUCCUCGGGCGAGCGAGUAGUGAGUAGUGGCUUCCUCGGACCCUUUGGCUCCCCCGGAGCAGGACUUCUUGGAGGACCCUGUUAAAUCGAUUUCCCAACUGCUGAUGGGAUACUUCGGAAAUGAUAGCUGAGCCCAGCCCAGCCCCAGACACCUGCCAAAAAGAAAGUGAUGGCCAAGAGGCAACUGCACCAGCAUCUGCUGUACAAAAUGGUGGCUGUGUGAAAAACCCUAGCGACCUGACACCAUUUCAGAAAGGAAGAAGGAAGGUCCGAGAGCAGUGUGAAAACGUCAGAAAGAAAAACAUUUCAAGGAAGAGGUCAAGUCAGCCAGAAGGCAGUGAAGAUGAAGUUGAAGAAAUGGUGGAAGCAGUCACUCUCUUUGAGGUGGUCAGCUUGGGCAAGAGAGCUAUGCAGUCAGUGGUAGAUGACUGGAUUGAAGCCUAUAAAGAAGACAGGGAUUUGGCACUUCUGGAUCUCAUCAAUUUCUUUAUUCAGUGUUCUGGCUGUCAAGGGAUGGUGACUGCCGAGAUGUACCAAAGUUUACAUACCUCUGACAUUUUGAAAAAAAUGAUUGAGAAGUUUGAUGAGGAAACAGGGUUACAGUAUAAGAGAAUUAUGGCUCGCCCGUGGAUCUUAACAGUGACAUGGCCAAUGGAGUUGGAAGAUGAAGGUUACCCACUUGUUAAGCCUGGACCCCACUGGAAAAAAUUUAAGGCUAAUUUCUGUGAAUUUACAGCAGUGUUGAUUCAACAGUGUCAAUACAGCAUUCUCUACGAUGGUUAUCUGAUGAACACGAUCACUUCCCUUCUUUCAGGACUCACAGGUUCUGUAGUGAGAGCGUUCAGGCAUACCAGUACGUUUGCAGCACUGAAGCUGGUGACAGCACUUGUGAGUGUAAUUCAGAAUCUUGAUGUCAGCAUCCAUAAUGCUCAGCAGCUUUAUGAAGUAGAGAAGAAUAGGACUCCUGAGGGCGAAACUGGUCCUAGAUUGGACGAGCUUGACAGAAAAAGGAAAGAGUGUCAGCAAAAACCUGUGGAAAUUGAAAAUAUGAUGAAUGCGCUUUUUAAAGGGACCUUUGUGCAGCGCUAUCGUGAUGUUAUUCCUGAAAUCAGAAUCGUUUGCAUUGAGGAGAUGGGAAGUUGGCUGAAAUUGUACCCAAAUAUGUUUUUAAAUGACAGUUACCUGAAAUAUGUUGGUUGGAUGUUAUAUGAUAAGCAGGCAGAGGUGCGGCUAAAGUGCCUUCAGGGACUUCGAGGACUUUAUGAGCACAAAGAGCUUGUUUUUAAGAUGGGCCUUUUUAAUACCAGAUUCAAGAGUCGAAUUGUUUCCAUGACUACAGACAAGGAACCUGAAGUAGCUGUUGAAGCCAUGAAACUUGUGAUGCUGAUGGUCCUGCAUUGUGAGAAUACGGUGUCAUCAGAGGAAUGUGAAGCCAUGUAUCAUUUUGUUUAUGCGACAUACAGACCCUUAGCUGUAGUAGCUGGUGAAUUGCUCUGCAAAAGACUCUUUUGUCUCUCACCAGGUGAAGAGGAGACUCCUCAAUCCAAGAAGAAAAAUAAGUUUGUUUAUAGCCUCAGUCGCUUGAAAAAACUUAUUACUUUCUUCUUGAACCAUGGGUUUCAUAAACAUGUCACCUACUUGGUGGAUAGCUUGUGGGACUGGGAAGACGGUUUGCUGAGAGACUGGGAGUGUUUGACAAAUCUUUUAAGGGACAAGCCCAUGAGAAAGGAAGAAGCCUUUACAGAUGCCCAGGAAACUGUUCUUGUGGAGAUAAUUGCAGCAGCGGUGCGCCAGACUGCAGAGGGUCAUCCUCCAGUGGGCCGAGGAGGCAGAAAAGCCCUCACAGCAAAGGAGAGGAGAGCUCAAAUGGAAGAAUGUGUCCGGAUGACUGAGCGUUUCAUUGUAGUGCUUCCUGAACUCUUGGCCAAGUAUUCAUCGGAUAUAGAAAAAGUGACAAACUUCCUGCAAAUUCCCCAGUAUUACAAUUUGAAUGUGUAUGUUACUGGACACCUGGAGCAGUACUUGAAUGCGUUGCUAAAGGAGAUGAAAGAGCUUGUGCACAGACACACUGACCUUAAUAUCCUUGAGGCCUGCUCCAAGGUAUACAGCAUCCUCUGCAAUGAACAGCUGGCAAUUUACCCUAUUGUGUCUGAGGCCCUACACCAGCUAAUAGAUGAGAUGGUUAAGGACUUCUCCCAGCUACUAGAUGACUUUUUCCAAGAGGAAGAAGGCUUUGGUGUAAGUGAAGAACACAUUUUUCGAAUGUCCUGCACCCUAAAAAAAUUAACGGCUUUUCACAAUGCACAUGACCUUACCAGUUGGCACAUCGGUGACCGGACUUUGAAAAUCCUGAAUUUUGAGAAGGAAAAUGGGGGUUUGCCUGCUGAGACCCUGAUCCCUGCUCUUCAAUGCAGUUACUUUGCUCUCUUGUGGCAGCUGGAAUUAGCUACUGAGGCACUAGUAGCUGAAGUACCUCCCUCCCAGGAAGCUCUUUCGGAGUUGAACGAACAGAUGACAUGUUUCCGAUUGAUAUGUGAAUCAUACCUGAACCAUCAUAAUAAGGAUGUGAAUGAAAAGGCCUUUAUUCUGCUAUGUGACUUGCUGAUUGUUUUAAGUCACCAAGGUGUGGAUGAGGAUGAAGAUUUCGCUUUGCUUAAGUUUCUUCCUGAUCAUGAUCUUCAGUCAAGAAUGAUUGAGUUUGUCAAGGAUCAUGUUUUUGGAGAAAACAAUUUGCCCCCCGAAGAGAUGAAUAGAGAGGAAGCUCAUAGACUGGAUUCCAUAUACAGGAAGCGGAUUAUUCUGGCUGAAUAUUGUAAACUGAUUGCUUAUAACGUGGUGGAAAUGAUGACAGCAGUUGAAAUCUACAAGCACUAUAUGCAGACCUAUCAUGAUUUUGGUGAUAUUAUUAAAGAAACAAUCAACAGAACGAGGCACAACGAUAGGAUUGAGAGUGCCAGGACAUUGAUUGUUUGUUUGCAAGAGUUAUAUCAGAACCACAUGGCAACUUAUCGCAGCAAUAACAGUCGUAAAAAGCAGGUUGACUCCUCCGCUUCCUUUGCCAACAUUAAAGAACUUGCUCGUCGGUUUUCUCUCACAUUUGGCUGGGAUCAGAUGAACUCCAGGGAAUCGAUAGCUAUGAUACACAAAGAAGGAAUUGAUUUUGCAUUUCAUGGAGAUAGUCAAGAUAUAGACUAUUACCUCCCUCCCAAUCUAACCUUCUUGGCAAUCAUCAGUGAAUUCUCCAAUAAGCUACUCAAACCUGACAAGAAGCUGGUGUAUUACUACCUGCAGGAAUUUGUUACAGACCACAUGUUGUUGACUUGUAAAGGGGAAAAAUGGCAUCCAUUGUACUGUUAUCGCAGCUCUCUGAUAGGAACUGAUGAUGAUGCAGAAAGCACAAUAGCGAGUAGUUUUAGAGAAUGGCCUCCACCUGACAGAUCAAAAGUCUUUGCCACGAAGAGAAAAUUUUCUGAUGGGAACAGUAUGGAUAUUUCACUUCCUGGGAGCUCAAGGCAACCAACAGAUUUACAGUCAGAUUCACAGCUCUCUUAUUUCUCAUGGCAAAGUAAAACAGUGAUAUCAGAAGACAACGCUAUGGGUGAGCCAAGCCCCGCAGUGCAAGACACAAUGCCCAGGAUGGGAGACUCCCCUGAAAUGCUGCCUGAAGAGCUAGCAGAGGACUUCCACGAAGAUAUUGAUGUACUUGAAACGGAUGAGGGAAACUUAUGAAAAAGCUGAAAAAGUGGUGAAGAUCAAAAACUGCUCUUUUUGGGGAGACAACAGAAACAUUUUAAUUUUUUCAGACUUUCAUGUGGACGAGUAGAAACAGCAACUUUAUGAAGUGGGACUGUCACUGGAUCCUGGACCAUUGCGCUCUUUGGGCUCUUGAAGUUUCAGGUCCAAAGAAAAGUAAAUUCCCUCAGAAUUUACUCCAGGGUAGCCUUUCACCUACCUUGGCUUAUUUUAUGUACAGGCAUACCAUGCCUAAAGUUUAUUUUUUCAGUGAAAACAUAAGUUGAAAUGACAUUCUUGACAGAACAGUACCAUGGGUGAUAAAUGGAACAGUGUUACUGUUUUUAUGGGUAUUUAUAAAAAAAAAAUACAUAAGAUAUUGGUUAUAUUAAGAAUGUUAUUCAAAAAUCACAUUUAUUAAGCAGAGCCCCCUUUUUAACAGUAAGGUAUCAGUUACUAUUAUUAAAUUUCAGUUCUCCACAGGUGGAAUUCAGAAAUGACAACCUAAAAGAAAGACUCUCUUUUCCCGUCUCCUGUUUUCAUUCUUUAAAUGAAUAAACAGUAGAUAACUAUUUUUGAAGGAAAACAAAACCAGAAAUCUGCCUUCUUACCAUUGGGUAUGGGAAAACUUAUGGUGGUUUCAAUUCAACCAAUAUUUAUUUAGUACUUUUAUACAAACAACAUAAACCAGAUUAAAAUGAAAGAAAGCAUCACGGCACUCAAGGGGUUUAUAUUCUACCCUCACGUUAUAUAGCAUGCACACAAAAUAGAACAAAGUAUUUUAGGUGAGAGAGCUCUGACCCAUGCCUGAAAUUUCAGUUGGAGGGAUUUCUUCAGGAAGUAUCCAGGGCUGGUUUUUUUUCUCACAUUUUAUUUGUGGACUAUAAGUUCAAAUAUUUUGUUUUCAUUUAUAUUUUUCCCUUUAUUUGAUGGAAAGGCAAGACAUGAUUGUCUCUGCACUUUGUUUUUAAAAAACAAACCACAGUUCUUAUGGGUGAUGGUGGACAUGUUUUUGUGAUCCUUGUUUUAUAAUCAUCAUAAAAUAUUUAUCAAGUGCCUGUUAUACACUAGGUGCUUAUAACAGACCAGUGGGAAAAAAAAUGAAACAUUUAAGCUACCUUGACUUGACUUUUUGAGUGUAUGCCUAGUGAACUAUAUGUAUGUUACCCAAGGACCAAUCUGGCUAAGGUCAGAAGGGUUCAUAAUUAAGAUAUGGUCCCCAUUUCAAUUAUUUCAGCCACAGUAACUUAUAAAGACCAGUUAUUAAGGGUUGCCAUCUACAUUGGUUGAGGGAGUAUUUAUAUAAUAUGAUAAAAUAAUGGAUUCUGGAAGUAAGUUUAGGAAAACUAGGGAGGCCAGACUAUUGCACUAUGGAAAAGGUAAAGUGCUCCUUAAAGGUACCCCUGUCACAUUGGAAGCACUUAAAUGUGAAUGACCGUUUGUUGUAUUAAGGGCUUCUAUGCAUAUUUCCAGAUAUUGGACUCCAUUUCAUACUCUUGUGAUAUGACUCCCAGGAGUGGUGAGGAAGCAGCUUAUACACAGUUGAAAAGUUUAUAUAUACUUCGUUAGUGUGAAAACAGUGUUCUGCAUUUGUAGUCUUUAUCUCUUUAGUUUAUUGUGCCAAAGUAUUGUGUUCUUAUCUCCAACCCCCUCUCCCAUAAAAAAAGUGUAUGUGUGUGUGUGUGUGUGUCUGUCUGUCUGAUUGUAAUAUUUAAAGCAACAAAACAGCUGCUGGAUUAGUGACCAUAUGACUCAUUGCCUUAACUAUAGGGAGAAUAAAUUUAGAAGAUACAGAGUGAGAAUAAAUUUAGAAGAUACAGUUAUUUGAUAUUUCUGAUCAAAGAGAUUGUUCCCCUGUCUUCACGGGAUGCAUAGGCAAGAAUUAUUCAUUGUUUUGCAUAUAGGAACAUAAGUGGAUUGGUUUGAUCUGGAUGAAUUUGAUCAGUUGUCAUGUGGCAUAGUUGCUUUUUUUGUGAAUUUAUGGUUACUAUUCAGUUUCUUGCCAACAGUACAGGCAAGUAAUCCAUAAUGGUGUGUUCCAAAAUGCAGUUUACCCUUGGUAGAUGCUCUUCUAAUGAACAAGUAAAUAGUAUUAUCUGAAGUUACAAUGUGUGUUAAUCUGGGGAAGUAUACCAUUGUUUUUUUCCAAGUUUCAAAAGCCAGCAGAAAGGGUGACAUAGAGCUAUCCUCAGACUGGUCUUCUAAGUCUGUAUGGUUGAAAAGGAAUAUUGGCAAGGUUUUUAAGUUCAACCACAUUCAGAGAAAUAUGAUAUUUUUGAGGUGUUAGGGGUGAUAGAGUGUAUGGUGAAAGCUUGAAAGGAGUUUAGAACAUUGUCAGGUAAUGGUUGUAAGGGCUGUAUUUCUGUUGCUUUAACAUGCAUUUACUAUUUGGCUGUCUUUACUUGGCAAAUCUUUGCUCCUAAAGUCAGUACAAGCCAGAGGUUAGUGGCAGAGUAUAUGCUUUCCUUAUGUAAUUGGUUUGGUUUGUUGCAUUUAGGAUCAUCAUAAAUGUAACAAAAAUCAGUAACCAUCUUGUAGUUUAACAUCUAAGGUUUUCCACAAGAAAUUAAAAUGGAGGAUUCUGGUUUUGGUGCCAAGAUGUUUUCCCAAAAAAAUUGUGUCAAACUACCCAGUGUUAAUAUUUCCAUGUAAAGCUAUGAGAUGUGUCCAGAAACAGUAAAAUACUUCACUGCAUGUAGGCAUACCUGUGGUAAUAUUACAACAAAUGGAUACAUGAAUGAAAAUCUUUAAAUGCUUUAUUUGAAAAUACAAACAUGAUUUUUAAACAUUUUUAAACUGAUCUACACAGCAAACAAAAAUAACUUUACAUCUUUUUGUACAUUUUACAUGAAAACGUUCAAAUAAACUUGCUGAAGACGUUCUAUACCCAAA